ACUGCUCCCUCCUUUCCUUUCUCCUCCCCUCUCCUCUUUUUCUCCUCUUUUCUUUGCAUUGCUGGUUACUCACACCAACCAGCUCACAGUCAAAGAGCUCCUCUGUCCCUCUCACACUGAUCGGGCUUUAAACCAGACCUUUCCCCUGAAAAACUGAGAAAUUACUCCAAAGGAAGUUAUUGCUCAAGUCUAAAGUCAGGAGACAGAGAGGAAGAAGAGCAACGGGUAACAAGUGUAUCAGCAGGUGUUCCCGUCACAGUUGAGAGGAGUUCAAGUUCAGCAGCUAUGACUCAGAGCAAUGGGGAGAACCCACAGAGGACCCGGAGUGGUCUCCACCAGAUCCGAGCCGGGAUCCAGUCCCGAUCGCUGCUGGCCAAGAAGAGAGUGGAGAACAUCACGAAGAACGAUGUGAAGGGAUACUUCAUGAGAAAUGCCUUUGUGAUCUUUACCAUCGCUGCUGUCAUUAUUGGCAUAAUCCUGGGAUUUGCCCUUCGCCCUUAUAAAAUGUCUUACCGUGAAGUCAAGUUCUUCUCUUUUCCUGGAGAACUACUGAUGAGAAUGCUUCAGAUGCUCGUGCUGCCCCUGCUGGUUUCCAGUCUCAUCACAGGUAUGGCCGCUCUGGACAGCCGAGCUUCUGGUAAAAUGGGCAUGAGGGCAGUGGUCUACUAUACCACCACUACCAUCAUUGCUGUGUUCAUCGGUAUCGUUAUGGUGCUCAUUAUUCACCCUGGAAAAGGAUCAAGGGAUGAGUUCACCAAGCAGCCGCAGAUAGAGCAGGUCAGCCCUGCUGAUGCCUUCUUGGACCUUAUCAGAAACAUGUUUCCUCCUAACCUUGUGGAGGCUUGCACCAAACAGUUCAAGACGCAGUAUGCCAAGAGAGUUGUCCAUGUGAAGAUGACAGUGAAUGACACGAUAUUCACACUCAAUGGUAGCCAGUCGAUAACCCAGGAGGAGAUGAUCCCAGUGCCAGGGGCGGUUAAUGGAGUCAACGCUCUCGGCCUGGUGGUCUUCUCCAUGUGCUUCGGUCUGAUCAUCGGGAGCAUGAAGGAACAGGGACAGCCCCUCAAGGACUUCUUCGACUGUCUCAAUGAAGCCAUCAUGAGGCUGGUCGCCAUAAUCAUGUGGUACGCCCCUAUCGGUAUCCUGUUCCUGAUUGCUGGUAAGAUCGUGGAGAUGGAUGACAUUACAACCAUGGGUAGCCAGCUGGGAAUGUACACAAUUACAGUCAUUUGUGGCCUGCUCAUCCACGCCAUCAUUGUCCUGCCAACACUCUACUUCGUCGUCACCAGGAAGAACCCCUUCGUUUUCAUCGCUGGGCUGUUGCAGGCACUCAUCACUGCCCUGGGAACAUCCUCUAGUUCUGCCACAUUGCCCAUCACUUUUAAAUGCCUAGAGGAGAACAACAAGGUGGACAAGCGCGUGACCCGUUUCGUGCUCCCUGUCGGCGCCACCAUAAACAUGGAUGGCACAGCUUUGUAUGAAGCCCUGGCAGCCAUCUUCAUCGCUCAGGUCAAUGAUUAUGACCUUAACUUCGGACAGAUUCUCACCAUCAGUAUCACAGCCACAGCAGCCAGUAUCGGAGCAGCUGGAAUCCCUCAGGCAGGACUGGUCACCAUGGUGAUAGUGCUAACGUCUGUAGGCCUGCCCACUGAUGACAUCACACUCAUCAUUGCUGUUGAUUGGUUCCUGGACCGAUUGCGCACCACCACCAAUGUCCUCGGAGACUCCAUUGGUGCAGGUAUAGUGGAACACCUGUCUCGCCACGAGUUGCAGAAAAAGGACCCCGAGGUGGGCAGCUCAGUGGUGGAGGAGGCAGACAAAAAGCCAUACCAGCUAAUCUGCCAGGAGAAUGAGUAUGAAAACGAGAGGCCUGUUGACAGCGAGACCAAGAUGUAGGGGCCAGAUUUUUGUCAGAGGUUGCAUACAUUCUUAGGAAAACCAUUGCACUGCACUGAACCACGUUUUUAACUAAGCUCUUCUUAAUUUGCAAACCUUCUUCUUACAAGAUUGGAGGGUUCAAAUUAAACUGAUCUACAGCUAGAAUAUAUUUCAGCCAAGAUGAGUUCCAGUAAUGUGUGAGGUCUGCUGUGGGCUUUCCUGACACAAUGCAAACUUGAAAUGGUUCACUGGCGUGUUGUUUUUCUAAGGGUUUGUGCUACGAUGCUUCCUAAGAGUACUAUAUGUACCUGCCAUAGGAUGGCAGCUGUUUACUAUCAAGAAUGAACUACUCUAGAGCCUGGUGGUCCGUGGUCUGCAUGCCAUAUCCAACGCCUCUCAGAACUGUGAUGACUAAUCUCACCCACUAGAGGCCAGUAUUGCUGUGAGUCUUAACACUGCAGCAAAUUACAACCCAUACUUGUACAGACUUUUUCUGGCUUUAAAGUUGUUACUUUUGUUUUGUUUGAGUGGUGUUGUAUAUGGAAAAUGAAAUGUUAGUAAAAAUCUAUCUGGAGACUGAUGUGAAAAGUGUUGGAUAUCAUGCACAUACACUGGGGUGACCAGGCCAACUUCUUUGGGGGCAAAAGGGCUGUUUAUUUACAAAUGUCUGUACAGACAUUAGUGGCUUUAUGUUCUAUGAUUUGGUGUACAGACUUCAACUGAACGAAUGAAUGAUGUCAUUUACUUUAAGGUACACAUAAUUUUGUUCCCUAACUGGCCAAACCAGUAAGUGCUAUUGUUAGGUAAACAAAGCUGUCAGAAAAUCUCGGCAAAUAUCCAGCCUUGUUUUUUAUAUGUUCCUCAAACCAGUCAUUACAAUCAUUAAGACAAACCAAAAUCACUCAGCUUUACAGUUUUACCUGUAAAUCUGCUCAGCUGAGAAUUAAAUCAGAAUUGUAAGCCAUUAUGUUUCAACCAAAAAAGGACCAAACAUAUUAUCCAAAUUUCUGUACUGUUUAAUUCAAUCAUACCCAAACAAAUCACUAAUGCGCUCAAUGAUACAGUAUUGUUUCAACAGGAAGAUAGUAAUGAUUUUAAUUCUGACAAAUUGUAAUGGUGAUUGUGAGUCACUCCCUAACAUAGGCCCUUUAAGGAGGACAUGGAACUAAAAACUAUAUGGUUGAAACAUUCAUAUCAGCAUGAAAUAUUUGUUUUAUGUUAAAUUAGUAAAAUGAUAGUCAGGGAUGUAUAAUUUUCACAUUUUGCUAGACUAUUCUCAAGUCUUGUUUUUAAUUCAGCUUUCUUUAGAUAAUAAAGUAUAGCAUUUAUUUCAUUUGAUUUAACAUGGAUGCAUGUUGUAAAGUAAUAGAUUUCACUUAAUUCCCCAUGUUUUAUUUUAGCUAGCUUGAAUUUGUAAGUACUCUUUUGCAUUCGAGCUAAUUCAGUAUAUAUAUAACAAAUGUAACAUUUACAUCGAAGUUGCUUUGCUUAGAAGAUUCAUCUGAAUAUUCUGUACUUGUAUAGAGAAAUGUAGAUAAAUGUGUACAUUAAUUGUAGAUUUAAAUUGUAAAAGGUUACUUGAGGCCUGCGUAUGUAAAGAUGCUGUAACCAUGCUCUUAUCAAACCUAAUGACCAAACCAAUCCCUCUAGUUUCUUUUACAAAUGCAAAACUGGCUGAUUUAAAGGACCAAAUGUUCUCCUUUACACACUUGAGGAAAUGGAAUAGUUCCUUUGUUUACAGUUGCUGGUGUCUCUCUUGAUAUGACUGUUUCUCUCAUGAAUUCACAUGAAUGCGCACACACACACACACACACACACACACACACACACACACACACACACACACACACACACACAACUGAAUAAUAGUUGUAGUUUUAUCUUGCAUGGAAUUUUUUUUAAAUAAAAAAAUGAAAUCA